AUGUCCGCUGCAGGUCUCACUGUUGGCGGCACCCCCGACCAAUCUACAGCCUCUCCUACCUCCCCAUCGAACACGCCACAGCCGUUAAGUGCGGGCGCCCCCGCCAAAGACAACGACCCUGAGAAUGAGAAUCAUGAAGGAAAGCCCCACGAGGGGGAUGUGAAAGAAACCACUGGUGGAAAAGAACAGGAAUCGAAUGAUAUACAAGAACUGGACGAUUUUGGUCUCCCCAUUCGAAUGCGAUCUACGCCUGAACUGCCGCCCGACGGCUCCGAGAAUACCGAAAAUUGCCCCGAAGCUUCAGAAGCUCAACCCUCGAAUGAUACCACGAGCUUGAAAUCCGACUCACAAGAAAAGAAAGAUGUUCUCGAGACAAAGGGAGAGGACAAUAUACCUGCUGGCAAGGUUGAGGCUACAAUUGGCACCGCUGAUUUGGUCAAAGAACAGCCAGCACCAAACGACACCAAAGUCGAUUCCGAGCAAGUUGGUGUGACAACUUCAGAGCAACCUUCUUCGAAAGCUGCUGAAGAAUCAGUGCCUUCUCGGGCCUCGAUCUCGAAGUCAAGAAAGGCAGAGAUUUCAGAAUGGUCACAUAUGCGCCUGGCGCAGCCUGUGGAUGCAUACGCUGAAAGUGAUGGAGAAGAGGAGGAGUCCGAAGACUGGAAGGCAAUGCCCGCCCUUGGAGAACUGGACUACUACGACGAUUACGGAAGAAUGAUCGCUCGUGGGGCUAAAGAGGAGGACGAUGAGGCGGUUUAUCAAGGGCUCGGCGGUGCCGGGAAAGGUUAUACUAGAGUUCAACUGGAUGAUGAUGCUCAAUCUGCCAACAGUCUUGACGAGGACACAAGUUACUUAUUCCAAGAAGCUGGAGGCAACUCAGCUGGAUUUGAAGGCGAAGAACUCCGUGACACGAUGAGCCAACUACAAGCUACGAAGGAUCUGCUCAACGAAACUCAAAAAAUCGCCUACGUGGGUGUGGUCCGACUGGCAAUCCACAUUAUGAACAGCGAGGUGGCUCAGCUACCUUCUACCAAGAGCUCUCGAAAGGUUGUGCAGAAAUCAUGUGAUAACAUGAGAAAAUGGGGACAAGCAAUGAUGGGCAGAUUAUACGCCCAUAUGGAUAUCAACAGUGCCGAACAAAUCAUGAUCGAGCAACUCGCUGACCAUGGUGUACAACCCGGCGACCUUAUUCGGCCACUCAUGCAAAAUGCUCGCGUCAAGAAUCCCAUGGCAGAGAGCGAUACAAGACCCUCUACCUCUUCAGUUUCAUCUCCCGCUCUUAAAUCCGAUGCUCGGUUCAGAAUGUCUUCGGACACAGCAGCUUCAUCGGACCCAGGCUCCCCUCCGCCAUACGAGGCUCAUGAAGGCGAAGAGGACGUCCCUGAAGUCCACACUCCAUCCCAAAUGCCCACUUCCGAUCGAAUCGACAUAGAUCUUCGAUGGACAGUACUUUGUGAUUUAUUUCUUGUCCUCAUUGCAGACUCGACGUACGAUGCUCGAUCGCGAACUUUGCUGGAAAGAGUCGGUGCCGCUAUGGAUGUGACAUGGUUGCAAAUUUCUCGAUUUGAGAAGCGAGUGACAGAUGCACUUGAAAUGCAAGAGCAGGCUGAGAAAGAAACGUGGGAUGAAACGGAGCACAUGGAGAAGCGGCGACAGAUGUCCCAAAAGCGCAAGUACAUGCUCAUGGGUUUAGCUACAGUCGGUGGUGGAUUGGUCAUUGGUCUAUCUGCCGGACUGCUUGCUCCAGUGAUUGGAGCCGGUCUUGCUGCUGGUCUGACUACCGUUGGGAUUUCUGGUACUAGUGCCUUUUUGGGAGGCGCUGGUGGAACUGCCUUGAUUGCGUCGGGGGCUACAAUUGGUGGAAGUGCCAUUGGUAUGAGAGCUUCUCAUCGCCGAACGGGAGCCGUUCAGACCUUCGAAUACCGGCCACUUCACAACAAUAAGAAACUCAAUCUUAUUGUCACAGUCUCUGGCUGGAUGACUGGCAAGGUCGAUGACGUUCGACUCCCAUACAGUACUGUAGAUCCCAUAAUGGGUGAUAUUUACUCCGUUCUGUGGGAGCCUGAAAUGCUUCGAAGUAUGGGUGACACGAUUAACAUUCUUGCAACCGAGGCGUUGACUCAAGGUCUUCAACAAGUCCUUGGAAGUACCAUUCUGAUGGCUCUGAUGGCAUCGUUGCAAUUGCCACUCGUUCUUACGAAGCUUGCAUAUCUCAUCGACAACCCCUGGAACGUCUCUUUGGCGCGAGCCCACUACGCAGGCUUGAUCAUGGCAGAUUCUUUGCAAGACCGAAAUCUUGGUAAUCGGCCCAUCACUUUACUCGGUUUCUCAUUGGGUGCACGUGUCAUUUUCUCCUGUCUCAAGGAACUGGCUGACAAGGGUGCUAAUGGACUGAUUCAAAAUGUGUAUCUGAUGGGAUCCCCGGUAGUGGCGAAUAAGGAUGACUACCUCAAAGCCCGUAGUGUGGUAUCUGGCCGAUUCGUGAAUGGAUACUCCACGAACGACUGGAUUUUAGGCUACCUGUUCCGCGCUACUAGCGGUGGUAUUAUGCGUGUCUCUGGUCUUGCUCCUAUUGAAGGAAUCCCUGGGAUUGAGAAUUUCGAUUUGACCAACCUUGUCAAUGGCCAUAUGGACUACCGAGCUGCCAUGCCUCGUAUUCUCAGAGAGGUUGGCUGGGAGGUCCUGGAAGACGAGUUUGCCGAAAUCGAGGAUCCUGACCCAGACGACCAUGCUGAGCGUCAGCGAGAAUUGAUCCGUGAGAUCGAUGAGGCACGACGUGAAGCCGAGCUGAAGCCAGAAAAGAAGCGCUUUGGUCUGUUCAAACGGGGCAAAAUGGCAGAGAAGAAGGCAUGGGAGACAUACGAUAUUGAUCGUAACUCUCCGCUAUCUAGUUCUGCUGACCCCGUCAGUGCCCCGGGCUCAGUUCUUUUCGACAUUGAGGCCAUUCGUGCCGAACUAGCUUCAGAAGCGAUCGAAGUGAAACAGUUGGAAUCCACACUGCCCCCAAUAAUACUUGACUUGAACCCGCCAGCUGAACCCUCUUCAGCCGUGGCCCCGAAUGUGGCCCCAGCUGAACCGGAAUCCAAGCUUGAAAUACCUGAACCUCCCCCUGUCACUCGAACUGCAUCAGAGCCCCAGUUAAAUGCGGUUCCUCUAUCCGCACAUGACUAUCCGACUUAUAAAGAAGACGAACUUGACAUGACUUUUGACACCUCCUUCCAUGAUCAACCACCGCGGUACUCUCCUGAUCCUCUUACUCGCCCAGAGCUCCGGUCCACUGUUAGUACGCCUAACAGCAGUAGCCGCUACGUUGGUACUAGUGCAUCUGGCGCUAUGGCGUUAGAACACAAUGCCUGGGCUGAUGAUCAUGGUGAUGGAGAAAUCUCCAUGACAUUUGAGUAA